ACUGUGAAGACCGGGUCUUUCGAUUUCUAACUUCUCCGUAAUCAUUCAAAAUUUUAUCUUGAGACCAUUGUAAGGAACACUUUGGUUAACAGAACAAUUCCAACCUGGUUGAACAUGAAAUAAAAUCGAGGAACCAGAAUGUCCGGAUUGCCAUGGGAAAGCGAGGAAAGUCAAAACUACAUUCGAGCGCAUUACAUUGUCACUGAUGCUGUAGAAAAGGAGUUGAGGGAUUUCUUUAUUCAGGAAUGGAACAAACGUUACCAGGCUUCUCUCGGAGCAUGGGAUGACACAAACGUCAGCGGUAGUCAGUUGUUUAAUCUGGAGAAAAAACGAAGAAGGCCAAAUAAGACCAUGCUUCUGUCCAAAUUUCAAAAUGGAAAUACAAAUGAGUGGGAUUGUACCGUACUUUUUGAUGCAAUUCUUUAUUCCAAAUCAAUCGGUGGUAGUCUUAGUACAAAAGAAAAGACUGAAAUCGAUAUUCUUCGAAAACUGCGAAAUGAAAUAACUCAUAAUAUACCUGACAAAACGCUAACUAAUAAAGACUUUCAAACCAUGACAACAACAGUUGAGAAUGCAUUGGGUGCAUUGGGACUGUCAAUCAACGAGGUCGUUCGAAUAAAAAGCCUGUUUGCGUCAUUUAUAAUUCUUCCCCCUGAACCAGCCCAUGAAGUCGUUUACCGUUCUGACAAGAUACACGAGAUAAGAGAUGACCUUGAAAAGUUGCGCAGCGAUAACGAUAGCAAACUUACAUAUUUUUACAUCUCUGGGAAUCCAGGCAGUGGAAAAUCUCAACUCGCCAGACAGGUUUGUGAAGAUAUUUGGAAAGCUGUUCAUGCGAAGGAGGAAGCAAUGUUUGUAAUCACAUUGAAUGGAAAAGAUUUAGAUUCUCUUCUUCAUUCAUAUGAACGUUUUUGUCGUCGGCUGAAUUGUAACGAGAGCGCAUUGCAAAGUGUUUCAAGUUCAUCUAAAACUAAAGAAGAGAAAAUCAAAGAUUUAAUAUCGCGAAUAUCUUGCAGAAUUAAAAAUUGGAAAAAGUGGUGGAUCAUCGUAGACAAUGUGGAAAAUCUAGAACUCAUAUCCCCACUACUGCCCCUGAAAGGAGACGAAGUUUGGAAGGACGGCCAAGUUAUAUUAACAACACAAAACACAAAUGCGGUUCCACAAGACAGCAUUUCAACUAAGCAUAUCUCACUUAUUCAUGGAAUGAAUGACCAAGAGUGUCGCCAGCUGCUUGUCCUAUUAUCGCGUACCGAAGUCGAUAACCCAAUACUAGAUGAGGUGGCGGAGAAGCUAGAUCGUCAACCACUGGCAAUGGCUGCGGCAGCCGUGUAUAUGAGAGAGGUAACCAACAGUUGCCCAGAUUUUUCUUGGCGAGAUUAUUUGCGAAAGCUUGAGAAAGGUAAAAGAGGUUUAACGGAGCAACGUCUUCAGCAGAUAAAUUCAGCAGCAUAUUCGUCCACCAUGAGCACAGCAGUGCUGCUAGCUGUUGAAAAAUGUGCAGAAAAUAACACAAUCCUUGAACAUGCUUUCAACCUUUUCUCUUUGAUAUCAUUUGAACCACUACCGCUUGAUCUUGUUGUAAAAUAUGUUCAGCAGCAAGAAGAUUUAGAGGCCGAGGAUAUUAUUCCGACAUUAAAACACUGCUCUUUGUUGGUUCAAGUUUGUAAUGAUGGUGAUAUCCGCCUUCACCGUGUUGUUCAUGAAGCUGUCAAAACACUUUUCAACAAAACUCAAGGAGCUAAUAUUUCCGAGACUGGUAUUGAAAAUAAGGACAGAAAAAACACACAAAACAUUAGCAAAAUUAUUUUCGACGCUGUAAAAACAAUGAGUUACUUCAGUGAUAGAGAAGAUAAAAGCAAAUUAAUUCCGCAUUUGAAAGCAUUUAAGAAGGAAAUGAAUAAUAACAGCAUUUUACCUGAUCAAGCGUUAUACGUCAUCAGUUUCGAUUUUGAAAAAACUGAAAUUUGCAGAAUAUACGAUUUCUUUGGGGACACCCUUGACUACCACAAAUCUGACUAUAAACUCUCCACUGAAUUCUAUCAGCUCGCACUGAAAAUACGGGUAGAACAUUUUGGACAAAAUCACACGCACGUUGCUACUUCAUACGCCAACCUGGGCUGGGCAUGUAUAACAGCAUGUGAUCUUGAUCUUGCUAAUGAUUAUUAUCAACGACGGAAACAUAGCAAUGUUGCUCUCUCAUACAACAACCUGGGUAUUGUGUGUGAAAGUAAAGGUGAUCUUGAUCGUGCUAAUGAUUAUUAUCAACGCGCAUUGGAUAUUCAAUUGGAUCGAAUAGGACCGAAACAUCCUUAUGUUGCUCUCUCUUACAACAACCUCGGUAGUGUGUGUCAAAGUAAAGCAACCUUGGUGAUGUGA